AUGAUUUCGUUUUUCGGUAUUGUACAAAAUAUAUUUAACUAUUUUUCUGGAUCAACAAGUCGCUGGGAAGUACUAAUGCGGUGUUUGAAAAUAACAUUAAAAACGCACAGUGACACACGCUGGGCAUCUAAAUAUAAUGCAGUUCAUUCGUUGUAUUGUCAAUUUGGCGGUGUGAUAAAAGCUUUACGUGACAUAUCUACCAAUCCAAUUUUUGGCGAUGGGGUUGCUAAUGCAGAAAGUAUAUUGAAACAGUUUGAUUUGGAAUUUGUUUAUUUUUUAGUCAUGUGGGAUAAAAUAUUGAAUCAAAUAUAUCGUGUAAAUAAAUUAUUACAAAGCUCAAAUAUUUCAAUAGAUCAGGCUUCAAAAAUGAUAAAUUGUUUAAAUGUUUCUCUCCAAGAAAUGCGUGAUAGUGGAAAUGAACAAAUUAAAACUGAAGCUAUUAGUAUUUGUGAUAAAGUUGGAAUAAAAUCUGAAUUAAAAAUCAAAAGGACAAUAAAAAGGAAAGUUAUGAGUGGAGAAAAUUCAUCGGGUGAAGAUAUUUCUGCAGAUCAAUUUUUAACAUUGGAAUACUACAAAGUUCUUGAUAAUAUGAUGGCUCAAAUGAAAUGGAGGUUUGAACAAUUAUCAAAUAUUGCUGAUGAUUUUCAAUUCCUUUCUGCUCAUUCACUAUCUGUUACACCAGUUGAAAAAUUGAAAAAAUAUGCAGCUGAUUUAGCUAUCAAAUACAACGAAGAUAUUGACCAGGAAAUAAUUAACGAAAUCGAAUUUUUUAAAUAUCAAGUAAAAGCAAUUUUACCAGACUUAAACGCAACUGCUUUAAAUAUUUUAAACGCAAUUAAAAAAUAUGAACUUGAUUCAACUUGUCCAAACUUAAUGACUGCAUAUAGAUUGUUUCUUACCAUGCCUGUUACCGUCGCUUCCGGGGAACGCUCUUUUAGUAAAUUGAAACUAACUAAGAAGUAUUUACGGUCAACCAUGUCGCAAAACAGAUUAACCAAUUCUGCAAUAUUAUCAAUUGAGCAUGAAAUAACAAAAAGCAUUGAUUUUAAAGACGUCAUUGAAGAUUUUGCUUCAAUAAAGUCCAGAAAAUUUAAGUUUUAA